GCACUUGAAAGCUCUACAUUCAGCGUAAUUUGCACGGAUCGAUUUGAAGUCGAGCCAUGGACGGUCCUGUUGACGAAUGGAGGCCUCCCACUACAGCAGAAUUGAAGGUCAUCGAGAAACGCCGAGAGAGAAAUGACAAAAUCAGCGCUCUGCUUGGAAGCUACAUGCUCCGAGGCUACAAAAUGCUGGGUGAAACCUGCCAAGUUUGCGACACGAUUCUCCUCGAAAGCCGACAGGGCGCUAAUUACUGCGUGGCUUGCCAUGAGUUGGACGAGCAAGAAACCGCGAAGGAUGACCCAGCGUUGAGCGAAGGAGCCGCUUCGAGAUUGCGUGCCGAACAUCCUCACACACCCUCUGAUCCAGCAGAAAUCCCUUCGGAAGGUAUCUCAACGGAGGCAGACGCAGAAACAGCGGACCGUCGCGACUUUUCGAGUGAUGUGGAAGUGUUGUCUCGGGUAGCAGUGCGGCCGAUUCUCCGAUUGGCAUCCUCGAACGAAGCCCCCCGACCUUCGUGUAGCAGCGCACCUGAUACCGUGGGAAUACUGAAAAGCAAGAUAGCGUGGGCGUCCCUUCAGCUGAAAGACGAAUGCCGGGACUUACAAAAAUGUAUCGAACUCGCGCAUCUCAUUCGGGAAUGUAGUCAAGCGCUCCGCUCCUUUUCAGAGAAUCAGUCUCAGAAUCAAUAGCGUCGAUAUGUGAAUAAAGCGUUGGUUUUCGCCUA